GUGGUAAGUGAGAGAGAGUGCAGGAGAGAGAGUGAAAGAAUUUUUCCUAUGUAGAGGUGAAAAUAGCAUUUCCCCUUGGCAUAUUAAUAUCGAUCCGAGAAAGGCAUUCAGUGUCACACAAAUUGUGUUCCACCUACACGCCCUCCUCGAGUCUCUCUGUGUGUCUACAAACAUCCUGGGCUUCCCCAGCUAAUUGCUCUAUCAGUCACCUCGGCUGUUCCUCAAAGCCCCAUCUAAAAGUGCCAGGAAGUUUUUUUCUCCAGAGGAAAUUCCAGUGUGCCUAACAAAAGUGCAAAUAGAGGAAAAAUUCCGUGUUAGGGCGGAGGUGAAAGGCAUUUGGGCUAUUUUUAGUGAAACCCGGAGGGCAAAUUACUGUGCUCAUUGCAGAGGAGGUAGAAUAAUGCUGAAAGAAGUAAAUUAGGAUGGCCACACCACGUUCAACAGCUCCCGCGACGCCCGUUCUCACCGUCACGCGGAUGCUGAGAUCACCCUCGCACGAGAGUGUCACCACGGAUCUAUCUCUCUUUUCUGUAUCAUCAACUGGAGAGGCUCUCCACGGUGCCAGGCACCGCCUCACGGGCGGCCUCAGACCCACAGAACACCGAGGACCCAGUCCCAAUCCAGACACUCACAAGCACUCCGGCAGACCCGCUGACAUUCCCGAAGUGAUGUGGUUUGAGGAGGGAAAUGAUCUCAUACGCAGUUGCGCUGCUCUCUCCUCUGCUCUGGGCAUGCAGAAGUCCUUCAGCACAAGCGAUAUCGCCCAGUUGCCACUUCCGGAAUCGCACACCAACCACCUCCGACAUGCUCAGGCCGUAUCAGAGCUAGCCCUGAAUUCCCUUCAGCGCUGUGGAUACAUCCUCGACCAUCCACGCCUGGAACAUACAUCCCGUUCAUGCUCCACAUGGGUGGCCGUAGGCGAACUAGCGUCCACAUCUCAACUACCCUCACCUCAUGGAGGCCAUUCCAAUACACUCCCUUCUCUCGCUGCCAAUACUCCACCUCCUCCAGCCUUUACGGCUGCCGAUCUCAUCCGUUCAGUCAACAAAAAAGUCCGCCAGAAUUACAUUAGGCGUCGUCUCCUGACCACCUAUCGAGCCCUCGAGCGUCUGUCGCAGAGUGAAUUCAAUCUGGACCGGCUGGAGGCUGUGGCCGCCGCGGCCACAGUUUCCGCCGGCCCAGGACCGACAGAGCUUAUUGUACCCCGACUGCGCCAGCAGCCAGCCUGCCCCACAGUUACGAUUGUUGAUGAUGAGAGUCAGACAGUGAACCAGUUGGCAUGCCCUCAGCUCAAACGAAAGAUCAACAUUAAUCUAAAUCGCAACAUUACAAUGUACGACAUUGAGCGUGAUAGAGGAAAGCCCCUGAGUAAGUACGAGAGAAACAUGAUGAUAUUCAAUUGGCUUCACUCCUUGGAUGAGACUGCUGGAGAUGAUGAGAUGGCUCAGCAGUGACUGGGACAUGAAUCAAAGCUUUCCCGGUCGCUAGUGAGUGAAAUAUUUACAAAUUAGCAGUUAUGGCCAAGGGGCAUCUCAUUGAUUGAGUAAAGGUACAAUCUGAGAUCAAAACAGUAUUUGCUCAUAUAAAAUAUUGAUAAGAUCCUAUGAUUAAUCAUCUUAAUUAUAUAGUUACAUUCUUUGUCUUUAAUAAAAAUAGGAAAAAAGAAACAUUUCUCGAUUUCUAAAAUAAAAGAAAUUCCUAUUGUACUCUAUAACGAAAUAUCUACGUCUCCCUUUUUUUCCAAGUUUUCAAACCUCCCACAAAGGCCACAAUGGUCAUAAUUUUUAUAGAAUUUUUGUUAGAAUGAAAUUUUGAGUAAGAUGUUUCCAUACGUUUAUUGGGAGCUGUAGAGACAGGCUCUCAUCCUAAAGCCUUAGCUAAAUAUUUUCGAGGGUCAAUUUGAAUCUACAGGGUGGCUGAAAAAAUGCAACAAACUAAAGCGCUAUAUUAUCUUCAUUUUUUUGUUCAACUUUUUUGAGAUAAAGAAAAUAUGAUAGUAAAUACAUCAGAAUUUUAGAAUAUUAUCGGUUGGUAGUAAAUACAUCAAAAUUUUAGAAUAUUAUCGGUUUUGUUCAAUACGAUCUUAUUUUGACUUAA